AUGGGAAGAGAAAUAAUACGUCAAAAAUCACCAAAGGAGCUCGGGAAACGCAGCAGACUAUGGGAUCAUAAAGAUGCCUUAAAUGGAACAGAAACCAUCGAAGGCCUCAUCCUCAACUUCUAUGGAAACAUUCUGUUGGAGCGCCGUGGCCUAGGCUUCUCUUCUUGGCUUCCCAUAAAUUCUGCCUCGACAGAAUCAAAUGAAGUAGAUUUACAUACUGAUGCAUUUUCUAGGUUGCGCCAUUUAAGACUACUCCAGCUCAAUAAUGUAGGGCUCACAGGAGACUAUAAAGAAUUUCCUAGGAAAUUGAGAUGGUUGUGUUGGCGUGGGUUCCCUUUAAAAUUAAUACCGACUGAGUUUCCUCUAGAGAGCCUGGUUGCUCUUGACCUGCGCAACCGUAGCUUGAAACAACUUUGGAAUGGAAACAAGUUACUCAGAUUAUUAAAAAUCCUCAAUCUCAGUCAUUCCCAUGGCCUUACCAACACGCCCGACUUCUCAAAACUCCCUAAUCUCGAAAGGUUAAUUCUUAAAGACUGCAUAAGUUUGAUAAAAGUUAACGAAUCCAUUGGAGAAUUGGUGAGACUUGUUUUGUUAAAUCUAAAAGGCUGCAAGAAUCUUAGGAAUCUUCCCACAAAAAUUGGUCAGCUAAAAUCCCUUGAGAAACUCAUCCUCUCUGGUUGCUCAAAGCUUGUCAAGUUGCCAAAAGAUAUGUGUGAGAUGGAAUCGUUAAAGGUUCUUUAA